GGCUCAACAUAUGCACUAGCGGAAGUGCCACCUCUUGUGAAGAAUGUCUCUUAAUCCACCCAAAGUGUGCCUGGUGCUCCAAAGAGUACUUUGGCAGCCCACGGUCAGUCACGUCCAGGUGUGACUUGAGGGAAAACCUUGUCCAGAAUGGCUGUGGUAGUGAGAUUGAGAGCCCAGCCAGCAACACCCAUGUCCUGAGGAGCCUGCCCCUCAGUAGCAAGGGGUCCAGCACUGCGGGCUCCUCCGUUAUCCAGAUGACGCCACAGGAGAUCACCAUGAGCCUCCGGCCAGGUGACCAGACUACCUUCCAGCUGCAGGUGCGCCAGGUGGAGGACUAUCCUGUGGACUUGUACUACCUGAUGGAUCUUUCCCUAUCCAUGAAGGAUGACUUGGACAAUAUCCGGAACCUGGGCACCAAACUCGCUGAGGAGAUGAGGAAGCUCACCAGCAACUUCCGGUUGGGUUUUGGAUCUUUUGUUGAUAAGGACAUCUCUCCUUUUUCCUACACAGCACCAAGGUACCAGACCAAUCCAUGCAUUGGUUAUAAAUUAUUUCCAAACUGUGUCCCCUCCUUCGGAUUCCGCCAUCUGCUGCCUCUCACAGACAGAGUCGACAGCUUCAAUGAGGAAGUUCGUAAGCAGAGGGUAUCCCGGAACCGUGAUGCCCCUGAGGGGGGCUUUGAUGCGGUUCUUCAGGCGGCUGUGUGCAAGGUAACUUUCCUUUCUGGGCCUAGGCCUUCAUGGGAGGUCAAGGUAGACAGCCUCAGUGAUUAUCCAUCUCUUGCCCUGCUUGAGAAGGAAGUUGCAGAGAAUAACAUCAACCUCAUCUUUGCAGUGACAAAAAACCACUAUAUGCUCUACAAGAAUUUUACAGCCCUGAUACCUGGAACCACAGUGGAGAUUUUACAUGGAGACUCCAAAAAUAUUAUUCAACUGAUUAUUAAUGCAUACAAUAGUAUCCGGUCUAAAGUGGAGCUUUCUGUUUGGGAUCAGCCUGAAGAUCUUAAUCUCUUCUUCACUGCUACCUGCAAAGAUGGUGUAUCCUACCCUGGUCAGAGGAAGUGUGAGGGCCUGAAGAUUGGAGACACGGCAUCCUUUGAGGUGUCAGUGGAGGCCCGGAGCUGCCCCAACAGACAUGUGGAGCACAUGUUCACCCUCCGACCUGUGGGGUUCCGGGAUAGCCUACAGGUGGGGGUCACCUAUGACUGCACAUGUGGCUGCAGUAUAGGGCUGGAGCCUGACAGCCCCCGAUGCAGCGGGAACGGAACUUACAUCUGUGGCCUGUGUGAGUGUAACCCCAGCUAUCUGGGCACUAAGUGUGAGUGCCAGGAAGGGGAGAACCAGAGUGGGUACCAGAACCUGUGCCGAGAGGCAGAGGGCAAGCCCCUGUGCAGCGGGCGUGGCGAAUGUAGCUGCAACCAGUGCUCCUGCUUCGAGAGCGAGUUCGGGAGGAUCUACGGGCCGUUCUGCGAGUGUGACAGCUUCUCCUGUGCCAGAAACAAGGGCGUCCUCUGCUCAGGCCAUGGUGAGUGUCACUGUGGAGAAUGCAAGUGCCACCCAGGUUACAUCGGGGACAACUGUAACUGCUCAACAGACAUCAGCACAUGUCGGGCCAAGGAUGGGCAGAUCUGCAGUGACCGUGGGCAUUGCAUCUGUGGGCAGUGUCAGUGUACAGAGCCCGGAGCCUUUGGGGAGACCUGUGAGAAGUGCCCAACCUGCCCAGAUGCUUGCAGCACCAAGAGAGAAUGUGUCGAGUGCUUGCUGCUUCACUCAGGGAAACCUGACAACCAGACCUGUCACCACCUGUGCAAGGACGAGGUGAUCACGUGGGUGGACACCAUUGUCAAAGAUGACCAGGAGGCUGUGCUUUGCUUCUACAAAACUGCCAAGGAUUGUGUCAUGAUGUUCACCUAUGCGGAGCUGCCCAAUGGGAGGUCCAACCUGACAGUCCUCAGGGAGCCAGAGUGUGGAGCCGCCCCCAAUGCCAUGACCAUCCUGCUGGCUGUGGUUGGCAGCAUCCUGCUGAUUGGAAUUGCACUCCUGGCCAUCUGGAAGCUGCUUGUCACCAUCCAUGACCGCAGAGAAUUUGCAAAGUUCCAGAGUGAACGCUCUAGGGCCCGCUACGAAAUGGCUUCCAACCCCCUCUACAGAAAGCCCAUCUCCACACACACCGUGGAUUUCACCUUUAACAAGUUCAACAAAUCCUACAAUGGCACAGUGGACUGAUGGCUUCUGCUUCAGUAGCACUGGAGGGGGCUAAGAACAAAGUCAUGAAAUGCCUUGGACAGCUCUAUUGAUUAUGGCUCCCUAGAUAGGCAAGUACUGAGAAGCCCUCCUGGUGAACUUGGAUGAGGAGCCUGCUGCCCAGACCGGAGUACCUAGCCAUGCCACCUGGCUGCGGGGGCCAGAGCCACGUGAGGCUGCCUCUCUCCAAGCCUGGGAAAAGCAAGGGGACCUUGGUGCGCUUGGCUCUCCCUACCACCUCCAGCUUGUUGGUUCUGAACUGCUGAGAGCAGGGCUGCCUCCUCCUUCUGGCCUGACCAGACAGAAGGCUAUUGAGAAGGGUCAGAGUGUGUAAAACCCACGUGCAGCCUGGCUUUUUCACGUUGAUCAUUUUUAUAUAAAAUAAAAAGGUCCUGCAUUUAUGG